AUGUAUCGUUUCGUAACGAAUAAUAAAGGAGGGUGUGCAACAUUUACUGGGAAGGCAAUACUUUGCAUACCUGUCUCAUGCUUCUCAAAAUACCUACUGGAGAAUCAGUUUUGCAAAGUUAUGGAACCAGUUCAAUUAGAAAAAGCCUUAAACGAAUUGCCACCUGUCACACUCAUUACCGAGAUUCCAGAAGUUCAAAACGCCAUUGCACACCUUCUCCAAUCAAACCAAGAAAUGCGUGAAUACGAUCCGAACGAUCCUGAUAUGGUACAAGCUAUAAAAGAAAACAAGGAUUUAAUUAUGAGGAAGGAAAGACAGAUUGAUUUGACUCUGAAGGUGAUUCGUGAACGCUUGGGUGAGGCUGCUUGGAGAGAAAUGGGCAGUAACGUAAAAGAAUUUCGCGAAAUGCAUAAAGAGGAAUUAUUGAAUAAUAAACAAGAAGAAGAAGGCGUAUUUUUGUAA